AGUUAUCGAGUCAUUGACACUCCCCGGGGUGAUGGAAAAAUGUAUCCAACUUUAUUCCGUAUGACACCAGAUGACCGGGUCCGGUAUGAAGCUAUUUUUCAAUUAUUGCAGCAUUUAGGAUGGAACUGGGUUGGAAUAUUAUCAUCAGGGGACGGCAGCAGUGAUGAUGAGUCCCAAGAACUGAGUAAGAUGAUGAGACAACAUGGGAUCUGCACAGAUUAUAUCAUUCAACUUGUUGCGGAUAUUAAACAUGAUAUUCAGUCUAUAGGGACUAUAAGUAAAUCAACAGCUAAAGUUGUCAUAGUGUGUGGGCCUUACACAAACCAAUUUUAUCUCCUUGCUUCUCAUAUACACUCUGUUAUAGACAAUAUCACAUUCAUUUUUCCACCAUCAUGGAGUAAAAUAAAUAAUCUGUAUAACAGUCACUUUACACAAAUCAACUGCAGCUUCAUAUUUAUAUGGCCACCAACAUUCACCCUAGACCCCGAUAUGUAUAUUUAUGACAGGUUUUCUAACGGCUUACAUGACCCAAUACUGGAAGAUAUUUGGAUUUACUGGUUUCAGUACCUUUCCCCAAAUCUAUACAAAAAUGAACUUUUUGGGUUGAAUUUACAACCUCCUGGUAAUUUAACAGAUUGGUCAUUUAUAUUAACUACUGUUACACCUAUACCUUCCUAUGCAUACACGGCUGUAUAUAUUCUGGCCAGUGCUGUACAUGAAAUAUACAUGAUGAACAAUAAAUCUAAACAACAUGGAUUCCAGCACUUGCUGCACAAUGUGAGAAAUAAUUAUUACAAGGACUCAUAUGGAACCAAGAUCUACUUUAAUGAGAGGAAAGAAAUUGUAACUGAUCUUUUUUUACGAAACUGGAUUUUUCGUAAUGCUUCACAUAUUUUGUAUACCACAAUUUCCAUUCUUCGAAAACCAGACUAUAUGCCUCAAACAUUUCCCAAUAUGAGUAAUCCAUCCUUCUGGAAAAGCGGCAAAAUUCCGGUAUCUCGGUGCUCGGAUCCCUGUUUACCUGGCAGCAGAAAAAAGUUUGGAUUUUCUAUCCAUAAAUGUUGCUAUGAUUGUGUCUCGUGUCCAGAAGGAGAGAUCUCCAACAUUUCCGACAGUGAAAACUGCAUGAAAUGUCCUGAUGAAGAAUGGCCAAAUGAGAAGAAGGAUCAGUGUGUGCCAAAAUUGGUGGAAUUUCUCUCCUACACUGAUGAUCCCAUUGUUGCAGUAUUUUCCGCUGUCUCCACCCUCUCUUGUCUUCUGACUGGUUUAAUAUUUGGGAUAUUUAUACAUUACCAGGACACCCCAAUUGUUAAAGCCAAUAACCGGAACCUGAGCUAUCUUCUCCUGGUCUCCAUCAUGCUGAGCUUCCUCUGUGUCUUCUUGUUCCUCGGCCAUCCAGUAGAUGUGACCUGCAUGCUGCGUGUCACCUCUUUUGGUGUCAUCUUCUCAGUUGCUGUCUCUUCUCUACUUGCCAAAAGUAUCAUGGUGUGUAUUGCUUUCAAAUCCACCAAACCUGGGAGUCUCUGGAGUAAAUGGAUGGGAACCAAACUGCCCAAUUUUAUCAUUUGUGUCUUCUCACUGGUUCAAGUCAUAAUCUGUAUCACUUGGUUGUCUAUUUCUCCCCCCUUCCAGGAUCGGGACACUCACUCUUAUCAGGGGAAGAUCAUCAUUCAGUGUAAUGAGGGUUCAAUUAUUGGCUUCUACUCUGUCCUGGGAUAUAUGGGGCUUCUGGCAGCUGUGAGUUUCAUCAUCGCUUUUUUAGCCAGGACAUUACCGGACAGUUUUAAUGAGGCCAAGUACAUCACCUUCAGCAUGCUGGUGUUCUGCAGUGUCUGGAUUGCCAUGAUCCCGGCCUAUUUGAGCACCAGAGGGAAAUACAUGGUGGCUGUGAAGGUUUUUGCUAUAAUGGCCUCAAGUUCUGGACUUCUUGGCUGUAUAUUUUUCCCAAAAUGUUACAUCAUUCUGUUUAGACCUGACCUGAAUACAAAAAUAUUUAUCCAUUAAUAUUUAUGGAGGAACACUGGGUUACCAGUAGUUAUAACUUUUUUGCUAUUAAUGUUAAUUUUAGUAUUUUGUUAGCAUAUUAAGAAUGAACACUGUUACAUUUAAACAUUUUAUAUUUACCUCCCUGGUAAUUGUUUGCUCUCUUGAAGAACUAAGGAAACCGCCGGUAUCUGACACUUUGGGUUUGUUGGAAACCUUGUCCCCUGCUGGGUGUAGUGGUUCCUCCAACCGGCUGUUACAUCACUACAGAACAAAGUAGUCACUUAGUGAGGAGGAACAUCACAAAGUGUCAGAUAUUAGCACUACCCAUCGCUCUUCAAGAUGGUAACAUUUUCACAUACCGCCCUCCAGAAAGGUAAAACUUAAUUGUGACGGGAGGGCCCGUGGAACCCAGAAUCCCUUGGAAAGUAUGGGUUACCCUUGUUUUAGCUCCCCAUGCACCUCUUAUGUCUAAGUCCCCCUGUGCUAUUGUGGCACAGGGCGACUGAGAAAAUAUAUCUUGGAUUACUUCAACACAGAGCCUUGUCUCGUACUUGGGGGAUAAUUAUUCGUAUGGAUUUCUUGUUCAUCUGAUUGGAGUGUUCGGUAGCUGCCUUUGUGUUCAGGAAUGGAAUGUCCUAAACGCCUUUAAUCCCUUUCAUACUCAUUGUGUCGUUACAUUAAUCAUGUUUUUUUAUCAGCUGCUUGUAAUAUCAUAAUUAAUAUUUAUUAUUGUACGUAGAUGUAUCCAGCUAUAUUAAUAAAUUCAUUUUGGCUUGGUGUAUUUUAAAAUAAUUGGCAAUAUUAGUUGAAAUUGAUCAGUCAUGUUCUUAAUAAGUUCACAUUUUAGGUGAUAAGUUGAAUUAAUUUUACUUCCAAUAGUUUUUAUUGACCUUAUAAAACAGUAGAG